GUGUGAAGGAGGGGGGUGUAGAGGCGUGUUGCUAAGAGCAAAUUUGUAUAAAAGAGCCAAAAAGAGCAGCCCUCUGGAGCAGCCUGUGGGAGUCAGAGCAACCUGAGGAAUUCAACAAUCACCCAAAGACAUUCAGAAAGUUCUCUGUCCUGCAGCGUGGAUCUGCUGCUUGAAAGAGAGCCAACUUCUUGAGCUGAUUUUUUCUGAUGGAUGGAUUUAGCUGCACUCCAGUUUGACCAGCUGUCCUGCUGCUGUCAUUUCCAGAUGUGUCUACAUCAGGGAUUUAAACUCUAGAAGAUAUCUGGACCACCGUGGGAGAAUUUAAAGACAAACGUUACUUUCACUGCAGCAUCUGGCAUCUCCAUCAUGAGGAGGUCUCGUCCAUUCCCUGACUGGCUCCCAGCUGUCGGUUUGGUCCUCUGCCUCGUCCAAAGUGCGUUGGCCACGGCCCUCACAAACUCCUCCAGGCUCGAGUCCAUUCUAGACAAGUAUAGGCACCAGGAUGAGAAGUGGUGGAAGGCCAGAUCGAGAGGGAGGAGGGCAAUCAGCGAGGGAGACAAGCACCUCAUCCUCGAAAUGCACAACAAGCUGCGUGGUCAGGUUUACCCUCCUGCCUCCAACAUGGAGCACAUGGUUUGGGAUUAUGAAUUAGAGAGGAGUGCAGAACACUGGGCACAUACCUGCCGAUGGGAACAUGGACCGAGCCACAUGUUGACACAAAUAGGCCAGAACCUAGGAGCCCACUGGGGCAGGGACAGACCACCCACCUACCAUGUCCAGGCCUGGUACGAUGAGGUGAGGUACUACAGUUAUCCAUACUCUCAGGAGUGUAACCCACACUGUCCAUUCAGGUGUUCAGGACCUGUUUGUACUCACUACACUCAGCUGGUGUGGGCAACUAGUAAUCGUAUUGGUUGUGCCAUCAAUAUAUGUUAUAACAUGAAUGUCUGGGGGAUGAUCUGGGCCAAAGCCGUGUAUCUGGUCUGUAACUACUCUCCACCGGGAAACUGGUGGGGUCAUGCUCCGUACAAAUAUGGUUCACCAUGUUCCGCCUGUCCAGCAAGUUACGCUGGUGGCUGCAGGAACAAUCUGUGUUACAAAGACGGGGGCAUGGACUGGCGUCCCGCUCCUGAGAUAGAGGAGACCAACUACAUCGAACCGGACCCAGAGCCAGUGAGGGACAGGGAACCCCAAUCAAGGGCCCAGGCACCAAACCCAUCAUCUAACGACAACGGUGAAAGAAACCAGGUUACCAGCACAGAUCAGAUGUCCCAACAGGUUGAAUGUGAAACCAAGCUGAGGGACCGGUGCAAAGGAACGACCUGUAACAGAUAUGAAUGUCCCCCUGGUUGUCUGGAGAGGCCUGGACGAGUAGUUGGGACUGACUACUAUGAUAUGCAAUCAAGUGUGUGUGGUGCUGCACUACACGCUGGGGUCAUUGACAAUGAUGGAGGAUGGUUGGAUGUAACCCGACUGGGUAGGAAACAAUAUUUUACCAAAUCGUACAAGAAUGGAGUUCAGUCUUUUGGGAAAAACAGAAGUGCAAACUCAUUUAAGGUCAAGUCCGUUCCUGUCAAGGCAGUACGAUGUGAUACCACAGUGUCACUUUUCUGUCCUUUCAAGAAGCCAGUUCGACAUUGUCCCAGACUGUAUUGCCCCAGAAGCUGUUUGCAUGACGGUCAAGCUCGAGUCUUUGGGACAAACUACUAUUCAGACAAAUCCAGUAUCUGUAAAGCAGCUAUCCAUGCAGGAGUGAUCCAGAAUGAGUCAGGAGGAUACCUUGAUGUGAUGCCAGUGGACAAAAGACAGCAAUACAGCGGAAGUCACCAGAAUGGUGUUUCAUCAGAGAGCAUACCAAACCCCACGGGAGGAAAAGCCUUCAAAGUGUUUGCAGUCAUCUGAAAAAGUGCCUUCCGAAGACAAAGUACCUUCAAACAUGGCCGCCUCACAUCCAACAAGCCCACCCAUUUUGAUGUAGAACCUACAAUUAUGCUACAAUAAAUGAAUCGGCUUUUCCAACUGAAACUUAAAAUUUAAUUAGGUCAGUAACUUACUCUCCAGCUUGGCAAAGCAUAUCUGGUGAAUUAUGGCCUUUCGUGUCUGUUGCUCUGAACUUUUUUAAUUUACCAUACCCUUGGGCCUGCCGUGCAUCUUUGGCUGACAUUAUUUCAUUACAUCACAUCUUUAAACACUUACAUUUAAAUAAAAUAUUUAUAUAUUUAUAUAUUAAGUUAACACCAAUCCAACCUAUAAUUUCAGCUCUUAGUGGUUAAAAGACUGAUAUUACAUCUUUUUACAGAGUAAUUCAAGAUGUCCUUACAUCAUUCUCAUAACCGACACAAAUAUAGGUCAGUUUAGAACAGCUGCAACCAAAGAUCAUUAAUUAUAACACGCUACAGCAUUAUAGUCUUCUUUAGUUCAACCAGGCUGUUAGUUGUACAGUGUAAAAAUAAUUUUGAACAGUUCUCUUUACUGUUCAGAUAUUCAUUUGUUUAUAAAACUAAAAAGAGGAUUUAAAAUUUCCCAUUAAAGCAAAUCUUGCAUCAGAUAACAAUUUAAAGAUCUCAUCACCGGUGUAACAGCAGAAGAGCUGCAUGUAAUAAUCCACCUCUACAUAAUUUCCUUUUAGUAAACAGAGGUAAAUGCCUAUUGUAUAUUUUUGUACAUUUUAUCAUUGUACAUAAUAUUGAAUUUGUGACUCGUCUUUGUUUUGUUUUCAUACGUUUAGAAAUGUUAAAAUUCCUGCAUGCAAUUACUUGUAUUUGUGUUUUUGGUAGGAAGAUCUAAUCAACCUUAUUGUCAGUUGUAAAAAUUGUACAUAACAUGUUUUUAUUGUUUGCUGCAUUUUUGAGCUUCUGUUCAUAUAUGUGUUGUAAUAAACCCUGGCUGGCCAGGUGUAUGCACGGCAGAAUAAUUAAAGUUAAGCUUCUCUUUUGUACUAUACAUACUUUUACAUUUAUUCAAUAAAUGAUUUAACUAUGACCUUAA